AUGCAGGCCACUUCUAAAUCUACUGGAUCUUCUGUUUCCAUCACGGGGGAACACGAAUAUGUAGUUUACACAGGUGCCACCCUUAUUCCAUUUUGCGUUGGGAGUGUUGCGCUUCCUUUAACAUUGUGCCGUGCUUCUUCUUCAGCAGUCGCCGCAUCCUCUCAAGCGCAUGCAUUGUCCUCUGCGUCCCGUGGUAACGCCAAGCAGAAGCGUAGCGGGAAGGGUAGUGGCCAACAAGAAACAUCUCGUGACGAGGAUACUGGAGACAAUGUUCAUGACUACUGCGCAGGAAUCAGUCGCUGCACGCACGUCCGGUAUAUUUACUUUCGUGAUGGUUCCGUAGCGUCGCAGGACCUAUCGUACCGUCAUCAGUUAUUCAUGAAGGCAGAUGGUGUGAAGCGGUCUGAAAUGUUAGAUGGAAAGGAGAGUAACCAGGUGUAUAGUGCUUCACCACUGUACGCAUUAGUCGAUCGAGUUGUGUUCACUCUUCCUAACGGCUUUCCGGAGCGGCGCCGCGAAGUCACGCACCCGCCGUUUUUCAUUGUGGACGACACGUGGGCGGAACAUUUGGUGGAGGUGGAGGUGCACUUUCAUCCAUGGUUGGGCAUAGCCCCUUUUACAGCGAGUCACAUGGUUCUCUUAAACCAGCGUGUUGACGUCACACCGCAGUUGCUAAGCUCAACUCAAGGCCAAUGUAAACCACCGUCAACUGUCAUCCUCUCACCCGACGAAGAGGAACGUUUAGCGGGUGUUGGGUCAUCUUCGCUUAUUGGAACGAAGAGGUCCAGAGUACCCGAGUGUGGUGUUGUAUUGCCUGAGGAAACUAGUGCAGUGCGUAUGGAUCUUAGUAAUUCUGUUUAUUCACCUGAUAUGGUUAUCCUUGGCGAACCCGGGUUUCGGGAAAGGCUUGUAGACCUCGUGGGGGCCCCUGUCGUAGCCGAGAGGCGUGAUGCGAUGCGAAUAUUUCACCCGACGCUUGACGUUGUGCGAUAUCUUGCCGCUGUGCGAGCAAUGCCUCAGCCAGAGUUAAUGGCACCACCUCGAAUAUGUCUCUUGCCGUGGUACCAGCAGUCGGUUCAACCGCUGGCGACGCAACAUACGGAGAAGAAAUGCGAGAAAAGUGAGCGGUGCGACCGACACGGGACACGCAGUCGCUCCGUAAUGAAUGAUGAUAAUAUUUGUGAUGACUCCGACCACGAAAUUGACGUGGGAUCCCUACCCCCCUGGUGCUUUCCAUUUGAGGUGAUAAUUCAUGCAUGCGAGUCACGGCGGCAGAGUGGUGCCGUUGAUGCCAUGCGGGCUGUGCUUGCAGAGCUCAAGAAGGAGCAGUUGGAGUUACGUGAAAGCAUUGAACAGAACAUUGCAGCCGCAACAGCAAAUGCAGAAGAGCUGCGGGACGUCAUCAAACACAUGAGCCAGAGGUGCGCUGCUCUUCAGACGUCGUGGAAGCGCUAG